CAACUCAACCCAAUCCAAUCCAAUCCAACCCAACCCAGCCCAACCCAACUCAAAUCAAUCAAUCUAUCCAUCUAUCUAAAAUUUUCAAUACAGUAACAGCUCUUGCUUCUGCUGCUGCUAGUGCUGCUCCAGUAACCAGCCUAUUUUAAUACUUAAUUUGUAAUUUAUACUCUAUCCCACAAAACAAUAAUGUCGUCUAAACAGGGGUUGUCCGCCCCGAGCGAGGACUCUUCCAGCGUCAAUACCCACUCCAAGCCCUCCAUAUCCUCACAGGCUGAAGACGCGGACCCCCACCAACAUUCCAUUUCGCGCAAUGGCAACUGGGUCGGCGCGGUCUUCAACAUCAUGUGCAUCAGCAUCGGCACCGGCACAAUGAAUCUGCCCUCCGUAGUCAAGCGCUGCGGCUGGUUCGGCAUCGUUCUUUUUGUCCUUAUGGCAGUCAUCGGCUGGUACGUUGGCGUCCUCUUUCGCCGCUGCAUGUACGCCAGGCCCAGCCGUGGUCGCAUUUCCAGUUUCGCCCUGGUGGCCAAGGAAGCAUAUGGGAAGCCUGGCUUUUGGUUUGCCACCAUUAUCACCUAUUGGUACUGCUGUGGAACCGUUGUUUCAUGGAUCAUCGUUUGCGGCACGCAGAUCACAAAGCUCCUGGGGUACGCCGGAGUGUCGCUGGACAAGAAAAUCAGCAUGACAAUUAUUGCCCUUGUCAUGUGGGUUCCCUUCACCUUGCUCAAGUCACUGAAGGAGAUCACGGUUUCGUCCGUGUUUGGCGUUCUCACAGCUAUGUUCACGGUCAUUGUGCUGGCCGUCACUGCUCUCAAGCACCCGUAUACGGAGUCGUACCAUUUGCCUAGCUUUGACUCUGCACCCAAGCACACGUUCAUCAUUGGUGCCGGCAUACCCUCCGCAUUGGCCUCGAUUUCAUUCAUGUACGCUGGCGCUGUUUCUUUCCCACAUAUCGAGGGUAAUAUGAAAAAGCCCAAGCAGUUUGGGUGGAUGAUGUUCUUGGCCAAUGCCCUCGUGUGUGGCGCCUACUUGCUCUCGGCAGUACCCGGAUACCUUGCCUACGGAGACCAAACCUUGUCCCCUAUCCUCAACAACCUGCCCAACCUACCGGUGGUCAACGCUGCCACGAUUCUUAUUAUCCUGCAUGUGGUGUGUGCUGCGCCCGUCAUGCUGGUCGCCGCCAACCUUGAGCUUGAAUUGGUCUUUGGUGUUAUGCAGGAGAAAAUGGGUAAGUUGAAGGAGUUUUUGUGGCGCUUGUUUAUGCGCUCGCUGACUAUUGGCAUUUUGCUUGCCGUGUCCAUUGCAAUUCCCUAUUUCGGCGAAGUCAUUGAUCUCGUGUCGGCCAUAUCGACAACGGUGGUUUUCUUCUUGGUGCCUGUCUUCUGCUAUGUCAAGCUAUUUGGCUGGAACCGGAUUCCCAGAUACGAGCUCCUUUUAUGCUUUAUUCUGGCUGCCGUGGGCGCCGUCGCUUGCAUUUGGGGCCUCAUUGACGCCGUCAAGUCGCUGAAAUCUGCGGUCCAAAACAACCACUGAUAUAUAUAUAGAUAGCAAUGUAAUUU